UCAUUUUUUAGCACUUUAUUCCAUCUGCUUUUUCUUAUGCUGAUGCCUUUUUUUUCUCCCUUCAUGUUCUGGCUUUAAUACUCAAACAGCCCUGUCUGGACAAUACUGAUCAGUUAAUAUGGUUUUUGGAGGGGGAGAAAGCUUGAAGCUGGCAUGGUUAUUCGGCAGGAUGGACAGCUACUGAGAUUUCAUUCAAAUAAUUUAUUCCUAAUAGUCUUCAUGCGAUUUGGGGACCAUCAACUACAAGCCAUCACCAGAUAGAGGAUAUCAUGAGACUCUAAGACCAAGCUUCUAAAUAAGCAAUACAACCGUGACUUGACAGAUCCUAUUCAUUACUGAAUUUAUCAUGAUUGAUACACCUAGUAAUUAGAAGAUGCGUCCAAACAGCAUUCUCAAGAAAUAAAGCCAGCUUUAGAGGCUUGAUUAAGAGCAGAUGGAGCAGGACGUUGAGAGCCCUAUAUCGGUACCGCUACCAAAAUUGCCAAAACAAGCUCGGGAAGACCUGCCCAAACAUAAAUGUGCUAAACGAAAGAUCCAAAGGUACGUUCGAAAAGAUGGAAAGUGCAAUGUUCAUCAUGGAAACGUGAGGGAAACCUAUCGCUACUUGACUGAUAUUUUCACAACUCUGGUGGAUCUGAAAUGGAGGUUUAACUUAUUCAUAUUUGUUUUGGUCUACACUGUGACUUGGCUCUUCUUUGGAUUCAUAUGGUGGCUUAUUGCUUAUAUUCGAGGUGAUCUGGACCAUAUAGGAGACAAAUCAUGGAGCCCCUGUGUGGAUAAUCUCAAUGGAUUUGUUUCAGCUUUUUUAUUUUCAAUAGAAACAGAGACAACCAUUGGCUAUGGAUACAGGGUUAUUACAGACAAGUGUCCCGAAGGGAUCAUACUUCUGCUAGUUCAGUCCGUUUUAGGUUCUAUUGUCAAUGCUUUUAUGGUUGGUUGCAUGUUUGUGAAAAUAUCCCAACCUAAAAAGAGGGCAGAGACCUUGGUUUUCUCUACCAAUGCUGUAAUCUCCAUGAGAGAUGGUAAACUGUGCUUAAUGUUCCGAGUUGGUGACCUUAGGAACUCCCACAUCGUGGAGGCAUCAAUACGAGCAAAGUUAAUCAAAUCCAAACAGACAAAAGAAGGGGAGUUUAUCCCAUUGAAUCAAACAGAUAUCAAUGUUGGAUAUGAUACUGGGGACGAUCGACUCUUUUUGGUUUCUCCACUGAUCAUAAGCCAUGAAAUCAAUCAACAUAGCCCUUUCUGGGAGAUCUCAAAAGCCCAAUUACCUAAAGAGGAUUUCGAGAUUGUAGUUAUUUUGGAAGGAAUGGUGGAAGCCACAGGUAUGACUUGUCAAGCUCGCAGCUCAUAUGUAACCUCGGAAAUCCUGUGGGGUCAUCGAUUCACUCCAGUGCUUACUUUGGAAGAUGGCUUUUAUGAAGUUGACUACAACAGCUUUCAUGACACAUAUGAGACCAAUACUCCAUCUUGCAGUGCUAAAGAUCUGUCCGAUAUGAUUAGCAGAGCAGAGAUGCCUUUGAGCUGGUCCGUUUCUAGCAAACUGAACCAACAGGAAGAACUUGCAAAAGAAAAAACAGAUAAAAGCCAUGAAGACCAAACAGAACGUAAUGGAGACAUUGCAAAACUAGAAGACGAAUCCAAUGUAUAGAGUGGAUCAUUAAUAAUUCAAAUAUGGGAUGAAUGUCUAAAUCCCAGAAAUAUAUGUAAUUACAUGCAGGAAAUACUAGGUUUGUUACAUCUGCAACACUCAAAACAUUAUUAAAUGUAUAUGUCCAAUGAUUGCAGAUGAAAUUGCAUGUAUUCUUCUUUAUGGGCUUCUCAACUACACAUUUCAGGCAGUAAGGCCACAAAAAGCACUGUAUUAAUAGCUAUUGUUUUUAUAUCUAGGUUUUAAUGACCUUGGACAUGACAUUAUGUUCUGGUAAUUCAGACAUUGCUUAAGGCCAAGGCAAAUUAAUAAUCAGUCCAUGGAAACACUGUACAUAUGCCUUAUGUAAUUUUAUUAUAUUCUAUUUGGUAAUAAACCCAGCAUGUACAAAGGAACUGUGAAUGAAGCCUCUAAAUAAUGUACAUAGAUGUUGAAUUAAUUUAGGUUUAGAUUCAUAAUUAUAGGAUUAAUAAUUUAAAUGAUAUUAUUCCUUCCUGAUGAUUUUUAAUUUAUAUACCCAAUCCUUUAUUGCUGUUUGAUGUACCUCCAUUACUAUGGAACAUAAAUUUAUUAUUCAGUUUUAAGAGACUGGCAACCGA